GUCCAGCGUGGAAGUGACAGACGGAAGCUGCAGGAGCGGCGCUUCCACACACACACGCACGCACGCGCGCCCGCGCGCACGGACUCUCCGCGGACUCCAGCGACCUGACAGAUCCGGGACCUGCGAACGCGGAGGCGGAGAAGCCGCUUCUGGUCCCAGUAUUCUGGCUAGUUCCGCACGUUGCCCCCCCAGAAUCCACCAACCGGCUCCAGAAGUUGUCUACACCGCAGCAGGAUGGCGUCCAACGACUCGCGCCUCCAGACGCAGCCGUCCCAGAAGGACGCGGCCGACCAGAACUUCGACUACAUGUUCAAGCUGCUCAUCAUCGGCAACAGCAGCGUGGGCAAGACCUCCUUCCUCUUCCGCUACGCCGACGACUCCUUCAACUCCGCUUUUGUCAGCACCGUGGGCAUCGACUUCAAGGUCAAGACGGUGUUCCGCAACGACAAGAGGAUCAAGCUGCAGAUCUGGGACACGGCCGGUCAGGAGCGCUACCGCACCAUCACCACCGCCUACUACAGAGGAGCCAUGGGCUUCCUGCUGAUGUAUGACAUCACCAACCAGGACUCCUUCAAGGCCGUUCAGGACUGGGCGACGCAGAUCAAGACCUACUCGUGGGACAACGCUCAGGUGAUCCUGGUGGGGAACAAGUGCGACCUGGAGGACGACCGACUCAUCCCCGCGGAGGACGGUCAGCUGCUGGCCGAGGAUUUAGGUUUCCAGUUCUUCGAGGCCAGCGCCAAGGACAACAUCAACGUCAAGCAAGUGUUCGAGCGGCUGGUGGACGUCAUCUGCGAGAAGAUGAACGAGAGCAUGGAGGGGGACAUGAACCUAAUAGCCAACCACAGGAACCAGAGCCUGAGAGACUCCACGUCAGAGAGCCACGGGGGCUGCGCAUGUUGAGCCGCCAGUACGACACACGCACACGCACACACACAGCGCCUCAGACGUAGAGAACCCUGCAACACCUCCACAUCUACCUGCUGAGUUCCUAUCAGGCUCCUCUCAGCCUGUGGCCCCGGGCUCUGUGGAGAGCUGAUAGUCCACUGUUCCUCCGUCUUGACCACUUCCCCCUCGUAUCUGUACAACUAGCUCCUCUCUGUUUGUGUCUUCUGAGUGACCCUUCCUUCCACUGUCGUCGGACAAACACGGUUUCCUCCUGUUACAUUCCAGCCAAGCAUUGGUUUCUAUAGCAACCAUUCAGUUUUCCGUUUUAUUCCCACACGGUGUACGUUAAGCAGAGGACUGUCGCUCCGGACCGACGCUGUUGUCUGGAGCGUGAUGGAGCUAAAGCAGGAUGUGGGUCUGGGACGUCCCGCCUGUCGUAGACAUGUUGACGGUGCAUGCUUUGGCUAAAUCUCACGCCUCCUUCCAUAUAUUAAACUGAUGCC